AUGACGGCCUCGGUGUGGAAGGAGGGGGGCAAGGAGGGCAAAGAAGGCGGCUGCAUUUCUUCCUUCUUCGAGUCAGUCACCAUUGACUGCGUCACGAGCCCAUAUUGCGCGGAAUUCAAAGGUGGUGUCUGGAAUUGCGGUGGACAUCCUGGGGCCAUGAGAACCAGCCAGAGCUGGCGCCUGCAGGGCGCGUCGGGCCAGGGCUGCCCCCCCGGGGAACUGAGGCUGCUUCUCCUGGGGAAACGUGGAGCGGGAAAAAGCGCCACUGGAAACACUAUUCUGGGCAAAGCCGUGUUCCCGUCCAGAUUCAGUGGGCAGAUGGUGACGAAAACGUGCCGGAGGGAGAGCAGCGACACGGCAAGCGGGAAGGUCGUGGUCAUCGACACCCCCGACAUUUUCUCCUCGAUGGCUUCUGCCGGAGACAAGGACCACCACGUUCAACAGUGCCGGGAGCUCUCCGCUCCCAUCCUCCACGCCUUCCUCCUGGUGAUUCCCCUCGGCUACUACAGGGCAGAGGACAGAGAAACGAUCGAGGGCAUCCAGAAGGUGUUUGGAGCUGAAGCCAGGAGGCACACCUUCGUCAUCUUCACCUGGGGGCAUGAUUUGGGGGACGAGUCCAUAGAAGACUACACGGAAAACAGGGAGGAUCUUAGAGAGCUGCUAGCGAACUAUGGAAACCGGUACUGUGCUUUCGACAACAAGGCAGGCGAGCAGGAGCGGCUCAGCCAGGCGAGGAAGCUGCUCCACGAGGUCAAGCGAAUGGUGGCUGAGAACCGAGAACCGUAUCACGUGACCUGCGGGAAGGCGGGCGAUGCGUUCCAGGACUGUGAGAAUAAAGCUUCAUCUCAGAAGGGGGACAAUCCACAUGGGCCAGGGGAGCUCCCGCGGCAGGCCCCGGAGUGCCCGCAGACCCGGGGAACGUCGGAGCUGAAGGUCCUGCUGGUGGGGAAGCGCGGGGCUGGAAAGAGCGCGGCCGGAAACAGGCUUCUGGGGAAGCAGUUCUUUGAGACCAAAUUCAGUGAACAGCCUGUCACUCAGAGGUUUCAGUCUGAGAGAAGAACCUGGAGAGAGAGGGAAAUUUUGAUCAUUGAUAGUCCAAACUUGUCGUUGUCAACGGACUUCAGGUCAGAGCUCCAGGAGCACGCCUCUCCGGGCCCCCAUGCCUUCUUGCUGGUGACCCCGCUGGGCUCCUUCGGCAAGGAAGAUCAGGAGGUGCUGAGAAUUAUGGAGAACAGUUUCGGACACAAGUUCUAUGAGUUCAUGAUCAUUCUCUUCACCAGAAAAGAAGACCUGGGGGAUCAGGAACUACACACGUUCCCAGAAACUGGAGAUACAGCCCUCCGCGACGUCCUGCGGAAAUGUGGAGACCGAUCCAGCGCCUUUGGCUACAGAGUCACCAGGGCGGAGGAGCAACGCCAGGUCGACGAGCUCCUGGAGAAACUUGUGAGCAUGGUGCAGCAGAGCGGGCACCGGCCUUGCGCCUUCCAAAAAGAGACCCUGCGCCUCGUCCUCCUCGGGAGAACGGGGUCCGGAAAGAGCGCGACCGGCAACACCAUUCUCGGGAGAUCUGCCUUCGCCUCUCUGCUCAGCGCACGGCCGGUCACCAAGACGUGCCAGACAGAGAAGAGGACUGACCAGGACGUGGUGGUCGUGGACACUCCUGGCCUCUGCCCCGAGACCCAAGAAGCCCAGCUAGAGGAGAUCGUGAGCUGUGAGGACAUGAACACAAUCCUGGUGCUGGUGUUCCAGCUGGGGCGGUUCACUGGCGAGGACGCAAAGGUGGUGGCGAUGCUGGAGACCAUCUUCGGGGAGGACGUUCUGAAGUACACGAUCCUGCUGUUCACCCGGAAGGAAGACCUGGAGGGCGGGAGCCUUGAAGAUUACCUCGAGAACAUGAAAAACGGUGCUCUUAAGAAGGUAGUUAAAAAGUGUGGCGGGAGAGUUUGUGCUUUCAACAACAAAAUCACUGGCCAAGCUAGGGAACAGCAGGCGGAGGCACUUCUGAAAAUGGCCAAUGAGCUGAUAAGCAGUCACGGAGGGCAAGGAUAUUCCCAGGGGCAUGGGAUUGACGAGAGUGUCGGCAAACUUAAAAAUAUGGUAAAGAGUUUAAAAGAGAAGGCUCUCGACACGUUUAAGGUCUUUUCCGUUUCGAAAACGCUUUAGGUUGCACUGUGGGCGCCGCGUAGGGCGGGUGGGGUGGAUGAGGGCUUGAGAAGUGAAUGCACCUUGUGAAGCUUCCACUCUUCGUAGCCGAAUAGAUUGUCAGGCUGGGGCAGGUAGUAGGGGAUCAGAAAGGAGAAAGCAGGUGGCCUGCUGGCCCCCUGAGCCGGCAGCAUUAUUUUCGCUCUCCCUUCGUUUCAAGUCUGAAUGUGAAGUGGGCCCCAGUCAACCCUUCUUCGCUGCCCCUGAGGAAAUAAACGUGACUCUGUGAGGUUUCAAAAGAUUUUAUUGCUGAUCACCACCAUGAAAUAGACUAGAACAAACACCAGGAGCCCCGUAAAAUGGCCACGAUCAGACGACGUGCAGAGUUCUGAAAUUCUAAGUAUAAUCCUCGAUUUCUUCUAGAAAAGGUUAUUGAAAACUCCACACUUUCUCCUCUCUCUCUCUCUCUCUCUCUCUCUCUAUCCCUAGAGAUUAGGAAUUAGGUUAAAACUCAGAGAACUCAAAUAAUAAUGGCUUCCACGCAUUAGGGGCUUAAAGUGUCUCGCGCCCAAAUGUCCGGGAGCAGGUCAUCUCUGAGGCCCGUGCGGCGCUGAUGUUCCCGCUUCACCCUGACACACUGGCGACCUCCAUGCCCCAGGUCGCUUCCCGGUUCCAAGCAGAUUAACUUGAAAGCCGCCUGGUGCAGGUGCUACGUGAGAUAAAAAUGACAGAAGCGGCACCUAGUCAGUGUAAGGCCAGAUGUUCUCAAGGUUAAGCGCCUUACAGAUGCCUCGGGGAUGAGGUCGAUGUCGUCUGCCUUUGGUCUUUGAAAGCGUCAGGUUACUUUCACGAUGAACUCAUUUGUAAGAGCGCGGGCUGUUGCCAUUAAUACUUUCAUACUCUACAUCACCGUUCAUGUGACAAAUUCUGGAAGACGUGGGUGUACAUAUAUUCAGUUGAAUGAAAUAAUAAAGAUGA